AUGAGCAUAUGGGGCACUCUCUCGAAUGCCUCUCCCUUCUACCUCACAGUGGGAGCAAGCACCAUCGGUCGAAAGUACACGGCUGAGUUCACCUUGGGCGAUGGAACCACCUUCACAGGAUACAGCCUCGGCGGCACCACUGCCACGGCGUCACCUCUGCCGCUCAUGCUCGCCGGGUCUGCUGCGUCCCCUCCCGAAGCCACGGGCGCGGCUUCCACCUGUGACCCGGAAUACGUGGAUGCAACGAAAGUCGCCGGCAAGUUUCUUGUCUGCAUUGUGACGGAGUGGGUGCACAGGGAGUGGAGCUAUGACGCGGUGCUCAUGUGGGCAGACACGCUGGGAGCGGCUGCCAUACUCGUUAUAAGCGAGGCAGCGGAGUACGACGCGGUUCCUAUCUUCUCCUACUCGAAGACUCCUAGCAUCGUCCCCACAGCCACGCUGUCCGCUUUCACCGUCUCCCACUCCUCCAACGCCCCUCAGCUCGCUUACUUCUCCUCAACCGGUCCCCCACGUAGCCCGCUCUACCCUCCUGCGCUACUCAUGCGCGACUUCCCCACUAAUGACAUCCUUAAACCGGACGUCAUUGGGCCUGGUUACCAGCUAUGGGCCGCGGCUCCGGGUAAGUCGCUCGAGACUGCUGCGACCGACCCGCCCGAGUUUAACUACUACUCCGGGACGUCAAUGUCGACGCCGCAUUUGGCGGGGAUCAUGGCGCUGAUCGUGCAGAACAAGCCGAGCUGGUCCCCCUCGCAGGUGAUUUCCGCGAUAACCACGACGGCAUAUACGAGGAAUGAAAACGGGCAGUUGAUUCAACGGGCAAAUGGAAAGAAGGCGAAUGCGUGGGACUAUGGAGGAGGCCACGUGGAUCCCACGCGUGUCUUGGACCCUGGGCUCACGUUUCAUGCGGCGCACAAGCACUUCGUGAAUUUCCUUAUGAUGAGGGACCCGAUAAGAACGAAGAAGCGAUUCUGGCGCAUGGGAAAGGCGCAUCCGAUUUUCCCUUGGAACCUCAACCGCGCCUCGAUAGCAGUAACUCGACUGCACGGCGUUACACUAGUGUACAGGCGAGUGAAAAACGUCUACAACUUGCAAUCCACUUAUAAAGCGAAGGUGGACCCUCCACCUGGCUUUAACUGCGCCUCGUGGUAA